AACUCAACUCUUUCACAAUUGAAACUUGCUUUUGUCACUGACAGGCCAGCAAGGUGUGCAGACAUUCUACUGCACUGGACAGAUUUCAGUGCUGCGAACAAUAAGGGACACCUCAGUGAUUUGAUGGGGGAAAAAGUGAAUAAUGGCCAUCGUGCGUUGCUUAACCAAGGAGAGGAAAAUGAGAUGGACAUUUUUGGUUACCGAACCAGCUCUUGCCGAACAGCAUUGUGCAUUUUUGGAUACAUAUUCACACUUGGAUUUCUCUUGCUUAUAUUCUACUGGAAACCAGAGUGGCAUGUAUGGGCCAACUGCAUUCCAUGUUCCCUCCAAGAAGCCGAUGUUGUUCUACUUAGAACCACAGAUGCCUUCAAAGAGCACACGUGGAAGGAUGUGCUGUCAAUGAAGUUGUCGGAAUUUCAGCACAAGUCUUUAUUUGCUAGCGCACAAGAUGAGGAUUCAGUCAUUAAGAAAUCAGUGAUAGGUACAGAACACCAUGUUAGAUAUAUACAAGUGCAGAAAAUCCGUUACAUAUGGGAUGGAAGUGAAAAACUGUUUGCUAAAGCAGGAGUCCUGGAAGAUUAUUACACGUGUUCCUCUAUACAUGAAAACUUUGGAGGUGGAUUUGCCCAAGAGGAGCAGGAUGUCAGGAGGCUCAUCUGUGGACCGAAUAUAAUUGAUGUCGGUAUUACUCCAAUAUGGAAACUACUCUUUAAAGAGGUGUUGAGCCCAUUUUAUGUGUUCCAGCUGUUCAGUGUGUGCCUAUGGUUUGCUGAAGAAUAUAUAGAAUAUUCCGUGGCCAUUAUUGUUAUGUCAUUAAUUUGUAUUGGCCUCUCUGUGUACACAUUACGACAGCAAUCAGUUAGACUGCACAGACUAGUUGAAUCUCAUAAUAACAUCAAGGUUUCUGUGUAUGGAAAACAGAAAGGUGUCUAUGUGGAUGAGUCCUGUCACUUGGCUCCUGGUGAUGUCAUUGUGAUUGAAAGAAAUACUCUUCUGCCUUGUGAUGCAUUGCUCAUCAAUGGAGGCUGUAUAGUGAAUGAGAGCAUGCUUACAGGUGAAAGUAUCCCAGUUACCAAGACUCCUUUGCCAAAAACAGACAACACAGAACCAUGGAAGGUUCACAGUGUACAUGACUACAAGAGACAUAUCCUUUUCUGUGGAACCCAGGUCAUCCAGACCAAAGCUGCAGACCAUGUAAAAGCUAUUGUACUUAGAACAGGCUUUAAUACAGCUAAGGGUGACCUGGUGCGGUCUAUCCUCUACCCAAAGCCAGUGAACUAUAAGCUCUACAGAGAUGCAUUGGUAUUCCUUUUCAGUCUGAUUUGUCUGUCUCUGAUUGGGAUGGUCUACGCUGUUUGUGUGUUUGCUUUGGAUGGGGCUGAUGCUGGAGAGGUAGUGAAAAAAGCUUUAGAUGUCAUCACCAUUGCAGUUCCUCCAGCUCUCCCAGCUGCCCUUACUGCAGGAAUCAUUUAUGCCCAGAAAAGACUUGAGAAAUAUGGAAUUUUCUGUAUCAGUCCCCAGAGGAUCAAUCUCUGUGGAACGAUUAACCUUUUUUGCUUUGAUAAGACAGGAACCUUAACCGAGGAUGGUCUGGAUCUUUGGGGUAUAGUACCAUCAAAUGAGUAUCGGUUUCAGGAAAUAAUUUCAAUUACAGAAAACACUUCUCUUUUUUGGUGUCCACUCCUUGGAGUUAUGACAUCCUGCCAUUCUCUAAUUUUCUUGGAUGGGACAGUACAGGGUGAUCCACUGGACCUUAAAAUGUUUGAGUUUACAUGUUGGGAGAUUGAUGCAUCAAGUAAUCAAUAUGAAGAGUCCAUGGAAACUAUGAUUGUGAAACCAGGUCCUGAAGCAAAAAAGGUUGACAUUGAAGGAAUUGUUAUUCUGCAGCAGUUUCCUUUCUCUUCAGGUCUGCAGCGCAUGUCAGUGAUUACCCAAGUCCUUAAUGGAGAUGAAUAUACCGUCUACAUGAAAGGAGCACCAGAGAUGGUGGCCUCAUUCUGCAAGCCAGGCACAGUUCCCAUCAACUUCACUGAUGAGCUGGAGCUUUACACAAAGCAGGGAUUUCGAGUUCUAGGAAUGGCAUACAAACGUCUUGAAAAAAAUGAAAAUCUGAGAGUCAAAGAUUUAAAGCGGGAUGAAGUGGAAUCUGACUUAUCCUUCCUUGGACUUCUAGUGAUGGAAAAUCGCCUUAAACUGGAAACUGGGCCAGUAUUACGAGAGUUAUCUAAUUCUGCUGUCAGGACUGUUAUGAUAACAGGAGACAAUCUUCAGACAGCUGUGACUGUUGCUAGAAACUCAGGGAUGAUAAGUACCGCCAGUAAUGUGAUUCUGGUUGAUGCCCAAGAGCCCACUGACACUAGAAUGGCCUCCAUCACGUGGACUCUAUUAUCUGGACUGAAGGCAAAGAAUUUAGAUGAUGUGAAUAUUUUUAUUGACAUACAAGAUAAAAACAAGUCAGACAGUGAAAACCUGCCUUAUUAUUUCGCUAUGACGGGAAGCUCUUUUCAAGUUAUAUUACAGCACUUUAGCAAUUUAUUACAAAAGAUACUGAUAAAUGGCACAAUUUUUGCGCGUAUGUCUCCAGGGCAAAAAUCAAGUCUUGUUGAAGAAUUUCAAAAACUUGGGUAUUAUGUCGGAAUGUGCGGUGAUGGUGCAAAUGAUUGUGGUGCUCUGAAGAUGGCCCAUGUUGGAAUUUCAUUGUCUGAGCAGGAAGCUUCUGUUGCUUCCCCAUUCACAUCAAAAACUCAGAAUAUUGAAUGUGUUCCUCGGCUGUUAAAAGAAGGAAGAGCUGCUCUUAUUACCUCUUUCUGCGUAUUUAAGUACAUGGCUCUUUACAGCAUGAUUCAAUAUAUCGGUGUGCUGCUCCUAUAUUGGCAAAAAAACGCUUUUGCAAAUUAUCAAUUCCUUUUCCAAGAUCUGGCAAUAACAACAGUGAUCAGUGUGACAAUGAGUUUGAAUCAUGCAUACCCAAAACUGGCCUCAUACAGGCCUCCAGCCCAGCUAAUUUCGCCUCAACUAUUACUCUCUGUGGUGCUAAAUAUUAUCUUCAGUCUUGCCUUACAAAUCUGUGGCUUUCUCAUUGUACAAGACCAGCUGUGGUACAGCUCCAGUGAUAUAUUUAGAGCUUGCCAUCCAGGCAAUAAUAAUGCCUCAUUUAAUCUGAGUAGCAGCAAUGAUACUUCUAUGUCCCUGCCUGAAAAGACUGAAUACCAGAGCUAUGAAAACACCACUGUCUGGCUCCUGAGCACUAUUAAUUGCCUUAUUGUAGCCUUUGUGUUCUCAAAAGGGAAGCCAUUCAGACAACCUAUUUAUACGAACUAUUUAUUUGUAAUUGUGAUUUUAGUCCAGCUCAUAGUUUGCAUCUUCCUGCUGUUUGCAAACAUUUCACAUUUAUAUGUUGUGAUGGAGCUUGUUUGUACACCUCUCAUAUGGAGAGGAUCCAUUGUAAUAAUGCUGCUUAUUAUAUUAGGCCUUUCCUAUGCUACAGAGGCACUUGUAAUUGAAAACAGGACGCUUUGGGACAUAAUAAAACGUCUUACUCAAUACAAAUCAAAGAGUCCCUACAAGAAAAUACGCCGAACAUUGGCCAAAGAUUCUGAAUGGCCUCCAAUGAACACGAAAAACAAUUCUGUCCCCACUGACUUAGCAUUGACAAGUGAAAUGGGAGACUAUGUCAAUCCAAUUUUUGAAAUAAGUGAGAAACCUUAACAAGUCCAACAGCUGGUGGUCAAAGCCUAUGGUGGGAAUUCAUUAAAAUGGGUGCAGACAGAAUCUGGACCCGCUGUGCAUAUAACCAAUCAGCUUUUACAUACGGUUUUAAACCAAUCUUGUUUUGUGGACGUUUUGUGAAGCGCUCUUUUUAACAUUUGUACUAAUAAAUAUUUGAUACUUUUUUUUUUAA